UUGUUUGAUUUCUUAAUUUUUUUUCAUUCUUUUUUUUCUUGUUAUUCAGGCUUCACAGCAGCUAGUGAAGAGGAAAUUAUUCAACAGUUUUUGCAAAAUCGACGUUGUGAUGAUGACGUCUGUAAAGCAAUGACAUUUUUGUCAAAAAUGCUUGCUGAAAAACGCGUUUUUGGGACCAAACUAAUGGCUGAAACAACUGUAGCUGGCCCAAAUCACUCAACAUAUAAGAAUCUACCGGAAGAAGGGAUUCAUUAUAUUGCAUAUGUUUGCCGGAAAGUUAUGCAUCAUCGUAUUCCUGAUGAAGAACAGUUUUGGGAUGUAUUUCGGGAUGUUACACGGAAACUUGCUGCCAGAUGUCGUCGAGUACGUCAUUCCAGGAAGAAUCGCUGUGAAAAUGCUGAACUUACUCGUCUACAAGACUGUGCUAAGGAACAUCUGGUAACUGAAAAUAACAUUCCAAAUUUAGUUUUAAAAAUCGGUUCAGUCUUAAGUCAUCAAAUUGUUUUUUUUUUUUUUUUUAUAGGUUUAUUUGUCAAUAACAGAAAAAAAAAAAAAGUUUGGAAUUAG